AUGACCCAUCAGCUCGUUGGGCAUACGAGCGAUUGUGCGAGCAACCUGACAGAAUACCUGUCCGCUGCCCCUCUUGUCCAUAACCAACUGUCGCACUUCCAUGCCAUAAGCUGCAAACCAGUCUUCGACCUUCUGUGCGACAGCCCCGUCCCACUUCUCAUCUGUAGAGCGUUCGCGGCAACAUCCCGCACUUCCCGAAGCAUGACCUAUCCAAUCAAUCCACCCACCCAUCAGGUGAUCACCCGUGAUCCGUCCUUCGGACAAGUCAUGUCCGCCUUUCGUGCCGGCGAUUGGCAAAACCUCGCUCUCGCUACGGGUAUCUCCAUGCCAUUUGGAUACUGGGCCGGUCGACCAAUCGUGAUGCGACCGUCCAUGUACGCAGCCGCUACCAUCGGUGCCCUAUUCGGCUUGUCCCUGGGCUUCCAAUCCUCCUUCGCACGUCUCACAGGUUACAAGGAGAACGCCCUCGAGGUCGCAAAAUAUUCACCUAGUCAGUCAGCAGAGUCGACAGCAUAGGCACCAUUGGCAAGCUUGACUGUGUUUCUAUAUGAUCAAUUUCAAGCUCUUGCUUAUCUUUAUGCUUUGUUAGAGAUUAUCUACGCCGUCAAUAACCAUCCUGUGUAAUGUCCACGUCCACGUCUCACUUCAAAAAUUCUUGCUCCACUUCUCGACAAACCGUUUCUCUGUCAACGGCUGUCGCCCACAUCUUCGGCAUUCCAUUUCGAAGAAGAAGCGCUGCCGCAUAUCGACCCACAAAUUCUUUGUCAAAUCGAGUUGGAGGAUUCCCUGGUAAUACAGUUAGACCACCCUUCAACCGCAACGGAGGCCUAAACGCAUUUUCCACUGAUUGAUCCGAUUCCGUCCACAACUUAGUCAACGUCGACGCCAGAGGCUGGAAUGGCGUUAGCUCAUUCCCCGCUGGUUCUCUGGAUGUGGAUUCCUCACCAAAGAAGAAACAUCGCUCGUAACCAUAGUCGGCGGGAGAGAGUAAAGUGGUUAAAUCCAAAAA